AUGGAUACAUCGGAUAAACAUAUUUUACAGGAAAUAAGAAUAGCUAUAAAAGAUCACAAUUUAGAUGAUCUUGAACAAGCAAUUAAAAAAAUAAAAAAUGUGAAAUCCCUGAAUGAAAUUCAAUGUUUCUUGGUCUCGACAGCAGGUAAAGGUAAAUUUGAUGUAGUGAGAAUAUUACUUACACAUGGAGUUGAUGUAAACAGUAGAAACAACAGAAGUCAGACUGCGUUAAUAAAAGCUUCACAAUUUGGACGUCUGGGCGUGGUUAAAUUACUGCUGGAGUACAAGGCUGAUGUGAAGUUGAUAGACAGAAAAGACAAGUCGGCCCUGUGUUAUUCUGUAAAAAAAGGUUUUGUUGAGAUUGUAAAGCUGCUGGUAAAAAAUGGCGCAGAUGUUAAUUAUCCAUGGUUUACUACACCACUACAUGAAUCAUGUAAAAGUGGCUGUUUUGAACUUGUGGAAAUUUUGGUCAAAGCUAAAGCUAAUGUGAAUUUGAUAGACAAAAACACAAAGACAGCCCUAUGUUAUUCUGUAGAAAAUGGUUUUGUUGAGAUUGUGAGGCUGCUGGUAGACAAUGGCGCAGAUGUUAAUUAUACAUCGUUAACUACACCACUACAUGAAUCGUGUAAAGAUGGAUGUUUUGAACUUGUAAAAAUGUUGGUACAAGCUGGAGCUGAUGUGAAUAAAACUGAUUAUCCAGGAGACUCCCCACUGUGUAUAUCUACUAGAAGGGGUAAAAUCGACAUAGUACAAUUUUUAGUAGAAAAUGGUGCGGACGUUAAUAUAGGUAAAUCUCCUCCUCUAUUUUAUGCUUGUGACGAAGGUUAUUUUGAAAUUACAAAAUCUUUAGUUGAGGCUGGAGCUGAUGUGAAUUUAUUGAAUUCAGAUGGGGAAUCUGUGCUCGGUAAAUCUGUUUUUAAAGGACAUUUAGAUAUUGUGGAGUUUUUACUAGAGAAAGGUGCCAAUGUCAACUACCCAGGAAGUCCAUAUUAUGGAGAGACAGCCCUUUUGUGUGCUUCAAGGGGAGGUCACUCUAACAUUGUAGAUUUGUUACUUAAGAAGGGCGCUGAUACUAAACAGAUUAACAUAGAAGGGAAUACCGCGUUGAAUUUAUCAAUACUAGGUGCACAUGUAAAAACAGUUAAAAUUUUAGUACAGAAUCAAAUUGAUAAAGAUAAAUCAAGUAUAAACCAAACAAACAAAUUAGGUCGGACUACUUUGAUGUUAGCUGCUAUGAAAGGUUUUUGCAGUAUAGUAAAGGACAUAAAAAUACACAGCGAUCUUUCUAUAUUUGAUAUAGAUGGUAAUACAGCUUUGAUGUUAGCGGCCAUGAAUGGACACUUGGACAUUGUAGAGUUACUGUAUGACGGUACUGUGGAUGUUAACUUUAAAGGACAAAACGCUCUCAUGUUAGCAGCUAUUGGUGGACAUGUUACAGUUGUGGAGUGGCUGAUUUCUAAAGGAUUUGAUGUCAACAAAACAGAUCACCAUGGUAACACAGCUCUAAUGCUGGCUGGUAAACCAGAGGUUGUUGGGGUGUUGUUAAAACAUGGAGCAGAUGUUAACGUGUGGAACUCUGAUGGAAGAAAUGCACUGAUGGAACUUUCGUCAAAGAAUUAUUUUACAUCUCCGCCUUGUCAGCACUACAUCUCAACUAAUUUAGAAAUUUCACAACAAACAGUUAUGAAAAAGUUAUUACUGCUGACUAAGGAUUUAAAUGCAAAAGAUAACAGUGGUGAAACAGCUAUUAUAAAAGUGUUAAAAAACAGCACAGAUAAUAAUUUCAUCAAUCUAAUUUUAGAUCACCAUCCUGAUGUCAAUAUAGUAGACAAUGAAGGUAAUGCACCUCUAAUGCUAGCUGUACAAAAUCAAAGUGUAGGUAUCAUAACACGAAUACUCUCUUGUAAACACGAUGUUAAUUAUAAAAACAAUUUGGGUAAAACAGCGCUAAUGUUGGCUGUAGAAAGGAAAUCAUUGGCGAAUGUCAAACUACUUCUUGCCAAAUAUAAUGUUAACGUUAAUGAUGAAGACAAUGAUGGGAACUCAGCUCUUAUGUUGGCUAUAAAGAUAGAGAAAGAUAGUUAUUCAUUCAAUAUGCAUCAACCAACUGAUAUAAUACAGGAGCUACUUCGUCACGGCGCUGACGUCAACCAUGUCAACAACAACAAAACCUCGGUGCUUAUGUUGGCAGUACAGAAGGGAUUUAUACCAGCAGGAAUUUAUAGGGACAUUGACAUAGGGGAUAGUAAAGGAAAGACGGCGUUAAUGUAUGCUGUAGAAAGAUGGGAUAAUGACGAUGUAGUGAAGCAAUUGUUGGAACAUCACAAGGCUGAUGUUAACGUUGUUGAUAAUAAAGGAGAAACAGCGCUGAUGAAAGUUGUUAAAGAAGGUAGAUUAGAUAAGGUCAGGAUCCUGUUGGAGCAUAAAGCUGACAUUUACAUCCAAGACAAACAAGGUCGGACCGCGUUAAUGUGGGCUGCUAAAGCAAAAUGUGAUAGUGACAUUACCAAAUUAUUACUAAAGACUAAACCAUCAGCCCAAAGCUCACACCAGGUCAGCAGUCACAUGUCAGCUUUAGAUCAAACAGACAAUAAAGGAAGAACGGUUUUAAUGUGGGCUACUAAAUGUGGUGACUUAGAAGUCAUGGAAUUUUUGUUGGGUAGAAAGAUUAGCGUUUCACUGAUUGAUGCUGCAGUAAAGAAUAUACUGAUAACACAAAUAAAACAAUAUAGAUGUUAUAAAUUAUAUUUUAACCUAACUGCAUCUGGAAUCAAUCUUUGUAUGAACUUUACAUCAUACUUCCCCAAAAUGUGCAAAUGCAUUUUGUCUAAUGCAAAAAACGAAACAUAUUUUGAUCUUGUAGAUAAGGAUAGUAACACAUUAUUAAUGUUGUAUGCAAGACACGUGCGAUUUAACAAUGACAUAUUCAAUACAACAAUCCUUCUUAAAAUAAAACAGGAUAUAAAUGCAGUAAACAAAUACAAAAAAACAGCUUUAAUGAUAGCUUUAGAAACUGGAAACAGGUAUUUCAUGCAACUAAUCUGUAAACUUUAUAAAGAAGAUGAUGUUGUGUGUCCUAAAGGUAGAACUUUACUUAUGAUGGCGGCACAAGCUGGUUUAGUCGACACGGUGAAAGAUUUGGUCAGUAAAGGGUCAAAGGUCAACCAGGUUGACAAGAAACAGAGAACAGCACUCAUGUAUGUUUCAUAUUUUAAACCCGGACCUUAUCAGAAUAAAGACAACACAUUUGAACUAAUAGAAUAUCUGUUAGUUCAAGAUGCGGAUGUUAAUUUUUCUGAUUACAAACAUGAAACUAUGUUAAUAAAACUUUUGAAAAAAAAAGUCGAGGAAAAUGUUUUGCCUAUCAUCGAACAUUUGCUAGACAAAAAUGCAGAAGCAAAUGUCAUAGACCGAGAUGGCAGGUCUCCACUUAUGAUAGCUAUCAUACAAUUAGGUCUGAUAAAUCAACGACGAAACAAUGGAUUUACGUAUAAAAAGAUACAACAGCUAACUCAUGUAGUGCAUAUCUUGAUAAACAAAGCUGAUGACGUCAAUACAACAGACAACAAAGGUAACACAGCUUUAAUGUUGGCAUCUAAAUACGGGUUGAACGAUGUGGUCCAGAUUUUAAUAAAGAAAACCGACGGCAUCAAAAGGUUCAACAAAAAAGGUCAAACAGCUUAUGACCUGGCACUAAAGAAUGGACAUUACCGUGUCGUACGGACUUUGAUAGAAAAAAAAGCUACUGUUAACACUAACGAUAUUUUAGAAUUUGCCUCAUUUUUUUCUGGUUUACACAAGUUACAUCAAAGAUCAGUUUGUUUAAAUAACGGAACUCGUGACAUCGAAUUAUGGACAGCUUUUCUCAAUGAGUUGGAUCUACAGUCAUCUUUAGCCACAAAUACAGGAGAAAACUCGACAAGUCAUAUUUACACUUCUGCAGGUUUAAAUGAUGUUACAAGAUACCCGGCUCGCAAUCUUGUUCAAGAUAGUAACUCAAGAACAAGAGAACACUUCAUAGACGACUGUAUUUCUGUAACUAGUCUAAUAAGGAUGUUGUUUUUAGAUAUUAUAAGACAUGGAAAACUAGAGGAACAUGUUUCCUUUUAUGCAGACGCUUUAACAGAUCUCUUUAAUAAAGCUCAGACAAUGCAUUCCACCAUACAAAGUUUUAUUCUAAUGACGGGUUUAAGCAUCGUUGAAUUUUACAUGAAAUCAAAUUUGGCGUUUUCAGAGUGUGUUGCAAAGAAAAGAAUAGUAAGUAUCUUUAUCAAAGCUAUUAAAGAGUUUAUUAACUGCGAGGUACGUCAAUGUUUGACCUAUUUGUAA